GCGUUAUUUGGUAUGAAAGAGAAAUCUUAAGUAGUUCACUUUUUGCAUAUUUAUUAUGAACAUAAACUUUCUGUCAUUAGUCUUGACAUACAAAGCCACUGCUACAACUACUUAUUGACAGGAAAGCUUCUUCGAUUAAACUAUGGCAUUCUUUAUGUUAAACUCUGACUAUUCCAGAAUUAACAUUCCAAAACUUAAAGAAAAGACAACAUAUUGGGCAAUGUGUCAUGGAAUAUUAAUGGGAACAAAAGGAUCUGUUGCUUCAUCUUACUGUUCUGAUCAUGCACCUUUUGCUUUGUUUCCAUCUGUAAUCUUGCGUUCUUUGCUUGAAGAAGCCUACUCUGUGCAAGUUGAUUUUAAUUUACUAAUUCACAAAGUUGCACAUGAUUAUAAUUUUCUCUGCAACUCACUAAAAAGUGUUAUUGAAGUUGAUGAUUUCACUAAAAACAUGUGGGAAAUUUAUGAAGCUACACUUAAGCAAGAUGAUAAAAGAAAGCAGCAUUUAAACCUUGGAAUAUUUCGCAGUGAUUACAUGCUUCACUGUGAUAAAGGAUCUUCCAGUCUAGCCAUUAAAGAUUUUGCUAAACAUCUUCAAUUAAAGCAGGUCGAAACCAAUACAAUUGCAUCUAGUUUUGCUGGUUUAGCAACAAACAUGGUUUCUGUACACAGAUAUUCAAUGGCACAGGCAGGAUAUUAUGAAAAUGAAAAUCAGGUUCCUAACAAUAAUCCAGCAAAUGGACUUGCUAGAGGAAUGGUUGAAGCAUGGAAUCUUUAUGGUAAUGCAAAUUCGGUAGUUCUGUUUAUAGUUUCAUCUUGUGAACGAAAUAUAUUUGACCAAAAAUUCGUGGAGCAUGCCAUUUUUGAAAUCAAUCCCAAAAUAUCAAUCAUUCGUCAAUCAUUGGAAGAUAUUUGUCAGAAGGGAUAUUUGAAUGAAGAAAAUAAGCUUAUUAUAGAUGGUUUAGAAAUUGCUGUUGUAUACUUUAGAGAUGGUUACUCACCUGAUAGUUAUAAAUCACAACAGGAUUGGGAUACUCGGAAAAUGAUUGAACUUUCAUUUGCUAUCAAAUGUCCAUCAAUAAAUUAUCAUUUAGCUGGUACCAAAAAAAUCCAGCAGGAACUGUCUCGUCCUGGAGUUUUGGAGAAAUUCAUUUCGGAUGGUUCUCGAGUACAGAAGUUAAGAAAUACAUUUGUAGAACAGUAUAGCUUAGAAAUGGUAAUAUGUAAUAACAUCUAUGGUAAUGAUAUCAAGGAAUAUCUGUCUAAAAUUAAAAACUCUGCUGAGAGAACAGCUUAUAUUUUAAUGGAGAGAAUCUUUCCUUUCACACAGAAAAACAUAUUACUAUUUGAGAAACCAACUGAUAUUGUUGAUACUGUUAGUGAACUUGGAAUUUAUGGAAUCAUUGUUGGAGAUGAACACAAGAUUCACAUGAAUGAACAAGUUGGGCAUUUAAUGAGAACUAAAGUUCAAGGUGUAGAUGAAGGAGGUAUUUCUGCUGGUUUUUCUGCAAUAGAUUCUCCAUAUUUAGUCUAAUUCAGUUACCACUGAAAUAAUUUGAAUUUACAUUUCAUUCCUCUGAGUUUUCUUUGAUUAAUAAAAAAAAAUUAAAUAAAGGCUAACAAUAUACAUUUAGAAAAUUGACAAGAAUCAAUGAACAUGCAAAUUAUAUUUUAUUAAGAAAAUAUAACACAGUAAAACUGACUUCUUUUGAAGACUCCUUUUUUCUAUGGUAGUAUUUACCAGAAAUUUUCUUCAAAAUCAGCAUUUAUAGAACAUUCAACCAAACCAACCAAUUUUAAUAAAAUAUUCAAACAUAAGUUAAUUCAAUAAACAACAAACCAAAUAACAAUUCCAAAAUAAAAAAAAAAUGUAAAUGAAAUGUUCUUGAUUAGAUAACUGAUAAUUUGAAACUGUAAUAUUUUAAUUUUUAGCAACAUUUUACAAUCAAAUUGAUUGUUUCUAUGAUAUAUCUUAAUCUUUCUUCACCAAGUAGUUAACUUACACAAGCUGAAAUUUGAUUACCUAUCCAUAAACACAAUGAUUCUAAAAUCAUUUGCACAUGGUUCAUUUAUCAACUGAGUUUCACUCUGUUUCUCAGAAAGGUUUAUCUGAUAUAUAAGAAAGAAUAAUAAAAUAUUGUAAUUAAAAAGAAAAAAAUAUAUUAUAGAUUUUUUUAAAUUUGGAAAAAUAUAUAUUAGAACCACUAGGUUAUUUCCAAUCAAAAUUUUAAUGAAAUGUGAUGUGGAAUAUUUGAAGUAUGACAUGAUUUAAUUUUCAAGUUAAAUUUUUAUGCAUAGAUAUAAACAAAAAUUACUUAAGUUUUGUCUAUAGUACCUCAUAGGGUAUUUAUAUUACUGGUGUUAUAGUAAUAUACUGGGAUGCAGUAAAAUUGAUCAACAACAUAGAGUAUGUAACCCUACAGCCAGUUAGAAGUAAACUUUGUUGCUGAAUACUUAUGCAUGUAUGUCAUGAGUAAAAAUGAUUACAAACUAUUUUCUUGCUUCCUUAUCUCAUUUAUAUAAUGUUGAUUUCAAAUAUUUUCUUAACUAUCCUUAUAAAAAAAAAUAUCUUCUAAGUUAUUAGGGAUAUUGAAUAAAGUAAAUAUUUGUUUAGCUAUCUGAGGACAUUAAGAAUAUUUUGUUUAUUCCUCACUUCAUUUAAUUAAUGAUAGCAUUAGCUGUACACAAAUCAAUAUAGGUAAAAUAGUAAAUAAUUACUUUCAAAAAUCUAUUUAACAAUAAUGAUACAGAGGAAACAAAGUAUAAUUAUGAACCAUAUGUAUAGAUAAUUAAGGUGCAGAUAAUCUACAAAGGGAGCAUUCACUACAGGCUGACAAAAGGCUAAACUCUUAAGUGUAUUUGUACAAUGUUAGUGAUGGUGUAAUAAUACAGAUUGAAUAACACUUUACCACAACUAUAAAACAAUCCAAAAUUAAUUAUUGAUAAACAAUGCACCAAUAUUCCCUUACAAUAUUAUGGGAAGAUUCUAUUGCCUGGCUAAACUAUCAAGACAGAAAGUAGGAAAUUUUAGCCUGACAUAACAUUUCUUUCAGCAACGACUAUAAAGUAUGUGUGUUGGUCACAGAAAUAUGAAUAUUCAUUGUACAGAUAGUUUUUGAUAAAACCGGAAAAAUUUAACAAAGUGUAAAUUAUGUUUUUAAAAUCCACUUCAAAAGCAUGUUAAAACAACACCUUUUGAUAGUGUAGGAACUAUUUUUUUUCUUAAUUUAUUACAGACUGCCAUGCAUAUCUACCAAAAUACAUAGCCUACAUUUGUGUUGAUUAAAUAACAGUUAACAAUAAAUUACUACAGUAUUUUUUGUAACUAAGACAGGCAUGAUUUAAGAAAAAUACAGUAUGUCACAAAAUCCUAUCAUCAUUAAACUUUUAAAAAAUUUCAGUUCACAUAAUUAUUAAUGUAGAAAUGAGCACAUAAGAAAUUAGCAACAUUUGAGUAUUUUGAAUACUUGUAUUAGCAGGAAGAAUAUUCAUGGAUUGAGAAAUGGCACCAUUUGUUUGUUUGGGAUUUUAUUCUAUAACAUUUUUGUAGAUUUUGUUGAAUUUAAAUAAAAAAAAAAUGAAUUGAU